UCCACCUGUUAAAAUUACUAUAAACCUUUGUGGCUGUUUUAUUGCAACCAUGUUUCCGCGUAUUUUGAGGAAGCUGAUUUUAUGCCAUGGCGGAAGGAAAGUUGCACCAGUCUACAGCUCUCACGUGCCUCCAACUCUCCCUCUUUUCAUCAAACAGAUUGUUUCUUUACGCAAAGGUUCGGUUCAUUUGUUACAUUAACUAAUCUCCUGGUGGUUACACGGAUUAUUGCGCGCUCGUUCCUCGCGGGUCCUGACGUCUGAAAAUGAGCGAUCAGAGGAGAAACGCUCUCAAAACAAUACUUCAGCUGGCGUGUCAGCUUCUGUGGGUGGUGGGGUUGGUGGUGGGCUUGAGCGGAGUCUAUCUGCUGAUGAAAUACAGGCACAGCAGCUUAUUUUUUUCUCACACCUACAUCACCAUGCCAGCUAUCCUCGCUCUCACCAGCGCUGCUUUCCUAUUGGCCAGCGGGUUCCUCGGCUCGUGGCUGAGCCUCAGAGAUUCCACCUUUCUGCAGGGACUGUUUGUUUAUCUACUAGUUGUGGUCUUUUGUCUGGAAAGUUCGGCUUCAGCAUUGGCUUACUACCACUCCAUAAAGCUGGAUACAGAGACAACUUCCCUCAGUGGAGUGUUUCAGAAUUACACAGGCAGCAGCCAGGACCCCAACUCUCGAGCUGUGGAUGCUGCACAAGAGCAGUUGCAGUGCUGUGGUGUCCAUGACUACAGGGACUGGCUUGAAACCUCCUGGUUUAACCAAACUGGAGGACUCAGUGUUCCUCACAGCUGCUGCAACUCUACUUUCCCCUCCUGCAAUGGAACUGUGGACCAGCCAUGGCAACUUUACCCACAGGUGAAGCUGGAGAUGACUUUACAGUUUGUUCUGAGUUUCAUCAUCUGGGGCUCCCCACUGGUUUUUCUGGUGGAGUUUGUUGUGCUGCUGACGGUGGCACAGCUGAUGAGGGACCAGCCAUUUACCAGAUAUCACAUACUGGACAAAAACUAAAGACAGAUGGGACAGCACUGUACUGUGCACAGAUACUGUAAUAUUAUAUUAUUAUUACUGUUCCUGAUUUUCAAACUUGUGUGAUCUCUAAUCUGUUUCACUACUGUUAAUUAAUGCAGGUUUACUCCAGCACACUACAAAACAUGUGACAUAAAACUAUGGAUUGUUGCCAUCAUCAUUUUUUGCCUACACAUGCCUGGAGCUCUGUCAUAUCUUCCCUUACCACUAUUAAACAAAUCAAUGUGA